GAACAUCAAACAUCUCUGGCAAUGUUUACAUGAGGAGGCGAGUUGUCAGCAAGUUUAAGGAGCAUUGUCGUAUUCGACAAUUAAAACUUGAAACUAGUGCUAUUGAAGUAUCCAGCUUGGACGUUUUUAGUGCCAAUAGGAAAUUGUUACUGUGAUAUAAUAUGACAUCACGCUUCAGUGGUGCUUUGCAAUUAACAAAUCUAGACGACUAUAUCACACCGUCCCAGGAAUGCAUUAAGCCUGUGGAGAUUAAAAAGACAAAUACUGGUACCGGCGCAAAAAUUAAAAUCCAAGACGAUGGAGCAUAUACACAGAUCCAGCAGGGUGGAGCAGAACAACGACUGCAGAAAGUGGAAAUCACCCUAGCAGACUGCUUAGCAUGCAGUGGAUGUAUUACAUCGGCAGAGAGUGUUCUAAUAUCUCAACAGAGCCAUGAAGAGCUGGAACGCAUAUUCACUGAGAAGCGGGAGCAAGUGGCAGCGGGGUCAGGUCAAGCCAAAUUUAUUGUUAUUUCCCUCUCAGUUCAGCCAGUUCUGUCUUUGGCUGAAGCUUUCCACAUAGAACCAGAAGAUGCUGCUCGAAAACUUACUGGUUACUUCAAAUCACAAGGGGCUGACCUUGUGCUGGAUAUGAGAUUAGCUGAGGACAUAGUGUUGAUAGAAAGCCAAAAAGAAUUUAUUGAUCGGUAUAAAAAGGCAGAGAAUGGUACCUCUGAAUGCCUCCCUGUUCUGGCAUCAACGUGCCCUGGUUGGGUUUGUUAUGCAGAAAAGACGCAUGGACCUCUUGUUUUGCCAUACAUGUCAUCUGUAAAAUCACCACAGCAAGUAAUGGGGUCUUUGGUUAAAGAUCAUCUCUCUACAUUACUCAAGAUAAGUCCGUCUUCAAUUUAUCAUGUGACGAUCAUGCCAUGCUAUGACAAAAAACUGGAAGCCUCAAGGACUGACUUUUUCAAUAAAGAAACUGAUGCGCAUGAUGUGGACUGUGUGAUUACUGCAAUUGAACUGCAGCAGAUGCUCCAGCAAAAAGACUGUGACUUGGCAGAUAUAGAGUCGUGCCCACUAGACUGGCCAUGGGAAAUAGAGAGGCCACCAGGGGCCUUCCUUUGGGGGCAUCGUGGCUCUGGCUCAGGAGGUUUAGCAGAACAUGUGUUUCUUCAUGCUGCGUCAACAUUGUUUGGGUUUGAUGUACAUCCCAAUGUGGAGUUCAAAGCUCUGAGAAAUCCAGAUUUUCAGGAGGUUACCUUAGAAAAGGACAGUAAAGUGGUUCUGCGUUUUGCUAUUACUAAUGGUUUUCGCAACAUUCAGAACUUAGUCCAGAAAAUGAAGCGAGGGAAGUCACAUUACCAUUAUGUGGAAGUAAUGGCUUGUCCAUCAGGUUGUUUGAACGGCGGAGCCCAGGUGCGCCCUGCUGACGGACAGAGUGUACGAGACCUGACCUCGCGUUUGGAGGCUGCCUACCACAGUCUGCCUUGGCAACUUCCUAAUGAAAAUACUGCUGCUCUGUCACUGUAUGAGUCCUGGCUCGGUGGAAAAGGAAGCAGUAGAUGUCAGUCGCUGUUGCACACUACUUUCCAUCCUGUUGAAAAGACUAUUACCCCACUUAAUAUUAAAUGGUGACUGUUCCUUACAAUACUUUAUACCUUUUAUGUAAACAUGUUUGUAUUUAUUUGUAAAUACAGAGUACUGUAACUUUU